CCCUCCUCCUCAAUCAUCCCCUCCUCCUCGAUUCUCCCCCUCCCCUCCCCUCCCCUCCACAGUUGCUCCCGAAUCCCUCUCUCUUCGCUCCACUAAGAAAACUCAAUUCGCUUCAAUGGCUGCCAAAUCGAUCCACGAGGCCGACGGAAAGGCCAUCCUCUCCUACCACCUCACUCGUUCUGCCGUGAUUGCUCCCUCGACCCUCCCUCCUCCACCCCACAAUGCUCCCCCGAAGCUCGCCUCCAUCACCUUCCCCGCAGAUGCUUCGCCCGCCGCUAUCCUCGACGGUGCUGAGCAGAUGUACCCGUGGUUGUUGGAGCCCGGUGCCAGGUUCGUCGCGAAGCCCGACCAGCUGAUCAAGAGGCGUGGUAAGGCCGGUCUGCUCGCCCUGAACAAGGAGUGGCCCGAGGCGAAAGCCUGGAUCCAGGAGAGGGCCGGGAAGGAGAUUCAGGUCGAGUCGGUGAAGGGUUACCUGCGGACGUUCUUGGUUGAGCCGUUCUGCCCCCACAAGCCCGAGGAGGAGUACUACAUCAACAUCCACUCCAUGAGAGAGGGUGACUACAUCCUGUUCACUCACGAAGGAGGUGUUGAUGUUGGUGAUGUCGAUGCGAAGGCCGAGAAGCUUUUGAUUCCCGUCGAUUUAUCCGAGUACCCUUCCAACGAGACCAUCGCCAAGUCCCUGUUGGGCAAGGUCCCCGAGGGUGUGCACAACGUCCUGGUUGACUUCAUCACAAGACUGUAUGCCGUCUACGUCGACUGUCAAUUCACAUACCUUGAGAUCAACCCGUUGGUUGUGAUUCCCAACGAGGACAAGACUUCGGCGGAGGUCCACUUCCUCGAUCUUGCCGCCAAGAUCGACCAGACCGCCGAGUUUGAGUGCGGUGCCAAAUGGGCCAUCGCACGGGGCCCUGCUGCUCUCGGCAUGAGGCCCUCUACCGAAGCCAAGACCUCGAUCGAUGCCGGUCCUCCGUUGGAGUUCCCUGCGCCUUUCGGACGUGAGAUGACCAAGGAGGAAGCUUACAUCGCCUCUCUCGAUGCGAAGACUGGUGCCUCGCUCAAGUUGACCGUCUUGAACCCCGUCGGACGUGUGUGGACUCUGGUUGCUGGUGGUGGUGCCUCCGUGGUGUACGCCGACGCCAUCGCCUCGGCCGGCUUUGCUGGCGAGUUGGCCAACUACGGAGAGUACUCUGGUGCUCCCAGCGAGAGCCAGACGUACCUGUACGCACGGACAGUUCUCGACCUGAUGCUCCGCGCCGAUAAGCACCCCGAAGGCCGCAUCCUCUUCAUCGGAGGUGGUAUUGCCAACUUCACCAACGUCGCCUCCACCUUCAAGGGUGUCAUACGCGCCCUGCGAGAAUUCGCUCCCGUCCUGAUCGAGCACAACGUCCAGAUCUGGGUCCGUCGUGCUGGUCCCAACUACCAGGAGGGUCUCAAGAACAUCAAGUCUGCCGGUCAGGAGCUGAAGUUGAACAUCAAGGUCUACGGUCCUGAGUGCCACGUCUCUGGUAUCGUCCCCAUGGCACUCCUGGGCAAGAACCCCAGUGGAGUCCAGGAGUACUCGGGUUGAGCCAGCUAGCCUCGACUUGACUUGACUUUUCUUCUAUUUUCCUUUCCCUUUUUUCUUUCUUUCUUUUCUAAAAUAAAAGUUCACGAUAACUAGGGUUUGGGGAUGGGAUGAUGCGGUGUUAACUUCCUUGUUCUCAAUACUUUUAGAAUUGUGUGCUGUGUGGCUAUGUGUCUAUGGGUUUAAUUUACACGGGGGGGCGGGGUGGGGAGGGGGGAUUUUUCUGGUUCC